AUUUGUGUUUGUCUGUCAGAUCUCCGUGCAGUGCGCUCCGAGGCAGACCUCCCUGCUUCACAUUGCUUCAGUGUUUUGGAGAGUAACCUGUCCGUCGGAGAAGCAUGAAAACUGGGAUUCAGCAGCUCACAGGACGAGUGAGCUGAAGGGCCAUCAGCAGGCGACCAUGUGCAGCUCGGUGAGCCCAAAGCAGCUCUGCGGUCCGGGGCUGACAGACAUGCAGCAGUACCACCAGUGGCUCUCCAGUCGACAUGAAGCCAGCCUGCUGCCCAUGAAGGAAGACCUUGCCCUGUGGCUCAGCAACAUUCUUGGUCUGGAAAUCACCGCUGAGAGCUUCAUGGAUCGGUUAGACAAUGGCUUCCUGUUGUGCCAGCUGGCUGAGACGCUGCAGGAGAAGUUCAGGCAGAGUAAUGGAGACCUGCAUGAGCCUGGCAACAGCAAGAAAAAAAUCCCUAAUCGGAGGAUACCAUGCCGACAGAGCGCUCCCUCCGGUUCUUUCUUUGCUCGGGACAACACAGCCAACUUCCUGGCCUGGUGCCGUGAGGUCGGAGUGGGUGAAACAUGUCUCUUUGAGUCUGAGGGCUUAGUUCUGCAUAAGCAGCCGCGAGAGGUGUGCCUCUGUCUACUAGAGUUGGGUCGGAUAGCAUCACGCUACAAUGUGGAGCCUCCAGGUCUUAUAAAACUGGAGAAAGAGAUUGAACAAGAAGAAAGGGCACCUCUACCUCCCCCAUCACCCAUAUCCCCGGCUCCGCCUGUCCCCUUGUCCCCUUCUUCAUCUCCCUCCCCGUCUUCUUCACCGACACCAAUUUCAACUCCAACUGCGACCAAAGUCACUUCGUCCAAGAAGAGCGCAGGCAAGCUCCUGGAUGAUGCUGUGAGACAUAUCGCUAAUGAGCCACCCUGCAGGUGCGCAAAUAAGUUCUGUGUGGAAAGACAUUCGCAGGGUCGAUACCGUGUUGGAGAGAAGAUGCUCUUUAUACGGAUGCUGCACAACAAGCAUGUGAUGGUGCGGGUCGGCGGAGGCUGGGAGACGUUCGAGAGCUACCUGCUGAAACACGACCCCUGCCGCAUGCUGCAGAUUUCCAGAGUGGAGGGAAAGAUAUCCCCCAUCAGCACCAAGUCCCCCAACAUCAAAGACCUCGCCCCGGACAGCUACCUAGUGGUGGCGGCCCACUACCGCAGCAAGAAGUGAAGCCCCACAGCAGAGUGGUUCUGGUCACAAAUAGAUAUGGUGUAUGUGUGAUUUUAAGUCCACACAAAUAACGGGGCUUUGCUAUGCAAAGACGUGGAGAAAACACAGAGAGAACCGACUAAUAAUAAUAAAUAGAAAUCAUGGGUCGUAUAGUUUUCAAUUUAAUUUUGUGCUUUAUCUAAUUUUCUUUAGCUUAGGGAAUCCUCAUACUUUAUUUUGUUCACAAUUACAGUGUAGUGGGUCAAACAGGAGUUUAGCAAGGAAGAUGUAGAUGUUUGUGACAUUUUGUUUUAAUCGUUAGUUAUACUUGAAGCAAGAGUAGGUUCUUUUCAGUGAGUAUUCAGAGGCAUCCUUUGUAAAUCUGACAGUCUACAUGCAGAAGUACAUCCUUUUCAUGUAAACUAGAGAUGGAUUCAUCAGCACCUUUGUGAAACUAACAUCUUGUCAUGUAAUGCCAUUUUAACACAGUAGGCAGGAGAUAUUCCACAAGUAUCAAUAUUUUGAUGUUUCAAACUAAUUUUAACAAACAUAUUAGAAUAACAAAACUUUGUACUAUCCAAAGCUUUAGAUUGUGUGUCUUUGCAUCAUAGAAAACAUUUCUCUAAAAUCCGAUACUUAAAAGCUCAAGUAUGAUUUCUGAUUAGGUUAAAUGUAAGCAGAGCUUGCACUACAUGUUGAUUUAAUGUCUAAAUUGUGCCAUAAUCUUUAUUUCAACAAUACAAUCUCACGCAGAACAGAACCAGAGGGGUUUUUUGACUUAUGAAGCUACUUAUGUUUUUCUUUUUGCGUAGAGUUACUGACCUCUAGAGGUAGAACAGAGAUCAAGAUGAAGACAAUCUUUGACUGUUGGUUUGGAGUCUCACAAUAACAGACACAAUACCUGUAUCAAAGCUGAGCUCAUUGAUAUGUGUGACUUUUUAUGGAAUAUUAUGUUGGUUUUGUACUAAGAAUAAUGAUUAAAAACCACCAAGUUUCUUAGAAGUGAAAAUCCUUUUUUUUUUAAGUAAACUGUAAAUAAAGUCUCAUUGUUUGUGACAACCUUCUCUUAUUUCCAAAUAUCAAAAUCCUUGAAUGAGCUUCGUAAUUAAAACAUCUGUAAAUGUUCAUCUGAUGCCCUGUGGACACAAACUCAGAAGUUGUCGUUAUGUGUUGUGAAGUAAAACCAAAAAUCCAAACAUACAUAACAGAAAUGUGCUUUAUUAACUGUAGCAAUACCAUUGGCUAUACUUUGUCCUACAAAAUGGCAAGAGCACCAGAAGCUUUUGAGGAUCAGGCAGCUUUAAGAAAAGAUCUCAGUUAAGUUAAGCACUUUGAAGAAUAUUCACUACAUUGUCAUCCAGCACCGUAUGUGAGAGUACAAAGGCAAAGCUGCAGUCUCCAAAAAACUGUGACAGACAGGAAAGAAAAUAAAUUACUAAUGAAUUAUGAGUUGUGGCAUAUCCAUUCAACAAACAGUAAUACUAGUUUUUAAAUCAAACCAAAUCAUAUUAGUGCUUUAUAGUUAAAUUCAAAUGAAGAAAUUCAACCAGUGCAAUAGAGCAGGAUUAUGACUGGUUGAUAAAGUGCCGUCGGUCACAUGCACAAGGGUGAUGAGGGCAAGUCUGGUCUGGAAAAUAUUUCGGCCUGUUUAUCAUUGAUGCAUAUUAUCAGAUAGAGGCUGAGAGUGUGGUCAGCAGAAUAACCGAAGUGGCAACUAAAUCAUGUCAUCAGCAGAGCAGAGUUGAAAACAUGUUUGUCCCCCACCACCUUAAACAAUCCAGUACAGAAAGUUUUUAAAGUCCAUCACAUCGUUAAUUGUGUUCCAUAAAAGAAAGGUGAUGUUUGCCAGUGGCCACUGUGAAGGUCAUCAACAUGCCCAAGUCACCAAGCACACAUAGUUCAGCUUUUAAACUGUCACGUUUGCAUAAGUUACUAUGUUACCAAGAAGCUUUGACCUAAAUCUGCUUCAGUACUGAGGGGAAAAAACAAAUUAAUUACAGAAGAAAAUUACAAAAAAUAAACGACUACAACUUCUAAAACUGAUGACUCAUUUUCUUUAAAAGACAUUUUUCGAAUAAUGAGCCCUGUUUAAUCGCAUAUAUUGUUAUAUUGCUAAUAUAGUCAUGUUUAAUCAGAGGUUUGAACAUAAUGUGUCAUCCUCAACCUGUUCAAAUGUCCUAACCUGUUAUUUAUAACUUGGCAAAUAUGGUUUCGUUUUCUGCCUGAUGUGAUGACAAUCAAAUGUUUGUAACAUAAAAUCAAGCAACAAAAAAAAAAAAAAAGUUCAAUCGGGCAGCAGUUCCAACUUUUUCAAGUAAUCCA